CUACCUGCCUCUGUCACCCUCUGUCUGCCCCGGACACCCCCUGCCUGUCCCUACCACUCUCUGCCUGCUCCUGCCUGGAUGGGAGAUUGCUGGACACACUGAGGACUCUGCUAGGGAUCUACAGCCAGAAGUCCCGGAGUCUGCUCCUAGUCCAGAGAAAGCAUGGCAGAGCAGCUGGAAUGUGACGGCGCCAUAGACUGGGAACAGCGAUGUAUCACUCUGGAAUCGCAGCUCAUGAAGUUCCGCAUCCAAGCCAACAGGAUCAGGGAGCUGCUGGCAGAGAAGAUGCAGCAGCUGGAAAGACAAGUGAUUGACGCAAAUCGGCGGGCAGAACAAGCGUAUGAGCAGGUCCAAAUCAUGGAAGAAAAGCUGAGAGAGGCCAAUGUGCAGACCAGCGAAUCUGAGAUGAGGUGGUACAAGAAGAGCCAAGAACUGGAAGUCUUAGUGCAGGAGAAGGAUGAACUCAUCCAGUGUCUGGAACAAGAGCUUGAAGAACAGAAGCAAAUACGAAUACAAGAAGCAAAGAUGAUAGAAGACAAAGCUGGGAAAAUUAAAGACUGGGUGACAGGAAAAUUGAGAGAGCUGGAAAUAGAAAAUCAAAAUCUCCGGUUCAUCAACAAAAGCUACAGCGAAGAAUUAGUUGCCCUGCGAACUCGAACACAAGAUACAAGAGGUAAGAAAUCCCCAGUCUGCUCCACCCCAAAGCAAUCAGAGGGCCAGCGUGUCAGCAACCUGACAUUUGGGAGCUUCCAAAAUCGAGAAAAAAGCCCACAGAUGGACCACAAAAGAGACGAAAACAGCAAGUCAUCCAUUGAAUCUGCUGAUCUUAUUGAAGAUCACUGUAUGAAAGAGAAGACCCCAAGUUCUCAGUGGCAGGAUGGAGACGCUACACCAGCACCCAUGAUGCAAAGUAUCAUCUCUAUGGAAAGAUUGGGCAAGAGAAGGACAAGUUCAGACAUCCCUAGUAUCACUGUAAGUGACUGGAGUUCUGAAGAAGACAUCAAGAAAUCUCAUAACGGUGCACGAUGCAUAUCCACACUGUCGAGCCAGACCUCUGAAGAAGGCAACCAGAACAGUAAAUUGGGCAGCGAGAUGUAUCUAACAGCUUCAGAGGAAAGUAACUCUGCAGAUGAAUGCAUGACUUCCCCUAGCAGUGACCUGGUACAAAUAUAUUCUUUGCAAAAAGGACUGCAGAAGAGCAUUACCUUAAGUGGCAAAAAAUAUUUUGUCUUCGCAAGUCAACGGUCAAAACUGGACAACUCUUCCGAUGACUUAAGCUCUAAGCUUCAGCAUGAAGGCUCAGAUUGUACAUUUUCAAAUGGUGAAACCAGUGCUUCGAGUCCCAUGUUUACAACGAACUUCUCAUCAAAAGUGUCAGAUUCCGCAACAUUUGGUUCUCAGAGUACCAACUCAAAGGAACAGGCCACCAACCUGCCAUCACCCAAACAACGAACUCCCAACAUCUUAAGCCUGAGUAUUGCCAUGGCCAAGAAACAUCUUAGCCAGCCACAAAUGAGUUCAGACCGGAUGUUCGGUAAGGAUAGGAACGCCAUAAGUAUGGUGAAGCCUUACAGGCCGCAGGAAACUGACAUUGAUUUGGUGGAUGAGCAAGCUGAAAACAUUUUGCAAAAGAUGGACAUGGGAUAUAGCGACAGUCUCUUUUCUUAUGAUGUACAAGAAAUUCACACUACCAACCAGAUCUCAAGUUCUCCAGAGAAGAUAACUUCAUCCAAACCACCAACUCCCCCACUGCAUCGCUUUCCUUCUUGGGAGAAUCGCAUAUAUGCUAUAGCUAAAACUGGGAUGAGGAUGUCGGAAGUCUCAAUGGAUCCUAACAACAAAAUUGGCACAACAAUGACAUCAUGUUCAACACCUGGUGUCUACACCUCCCUGAUAUACAAGAACAUGACCUCUCCUGUCUAUACCACAUUAAAAGGGAAAGCAACUCAGAUAAGCACUAGUCCUUUGGAAGAUUCUUCAGGAUCCGAGGAAGAAAUCAAUUCAUGCUCCAGCUCUCGGACAUCUGAGUCAGAUUGUCGCAAUCAGAGUGAAGCUGGAAGCCCCCGUGCUCUGAAGAGAGGCAUCUCAUUCUCCUCCAUGGCAUCGGACAGUGACUACGCCAUUCCUCCUGACGCAUAUUCUAUUGACAGUGAAUUCUCAGAACCAGAACAGAAGCUUCCAAAAACCUGUUCCUCAUCAAGUGACAACGGCAAAAAUGAGCUCUUAGAAAAAUCGGGAUAUUUGUUAAAAAUGGGAGGCAAGCUUAAAACAUGGAAGAGAAGAUGGUUUGUACUUAAAGGUGGAGAACUGCUUUACUACAAAUCUCCAAGUGAUGUAAUCCGCAAACCUCAAGGUCAGAUUGAAUUAAAUUCCUCCAGUCAUAUAGUGCGAGGUGACGGAAAGCAGACGGUGCAGCUGGUGACUGAGAAACGAACGUAUUACCUGACGGCAGAUUCUCCUAAUAUCUUGGAUGAAUGGGUACGAGUUUUACAAAAUGUUCUCCGGGUGCAAACAGCCAGUGUGCUCUUCACGCAGCCAGAUGUCAAGCCCACUGUGAAGGGACUCCUCACAAAGGUCAAACAUGGAUACUCUAAGAGAGUUUGGUGCACGUUGGUUGGAAAAACAUUAUAUUAUUUUCGUAGUCAAGAAGAAAAGUUUCCACUGGGACAAAUCAAGCUCUGGGAAGCUAAAGUAGAAGAAGUAGAUCGAACCUGCGACUCUGAUGAAGACUAUGAAACCAACGGACGCAGCCUACUGUCUACCCAUUACACCAUUGUUAUCCACGCCAAAGAGCAGGACCCCACAUACCUUCUUAUCGGAUCCAAACAUGAGAAGGAUACCUGGCACUAUCACUUAACCAUGGCAGCUGGAGUGAUGGGAGCGAGUGUUGGCACAGAGUUUGAGAAGUUGGUGUGCAAACUGCUAAGUCUGGAUGGCGACUCCUGUACCCAGAUUUGGAGACAUCCAGCAUUAUGUCACACUAAAGAAGCCAUAACAUCCCCUCUCACUACAUUACCGUCAGAAGCACUGCAGACAGAGGCUAUCAAAUUAUUUAAGACUUGCCAGCUGUUUCUGAACUCAGCGAUUGAUUCCCCCGCUAUAGACUAUCACGUGUCCCUGGCGCAGAGCGCCCUGCAAGUGUGCCUCACCCACCCGGAGCUCCAGAAUGAGAUCUACUGCCAGCUCAUUAAACAGUCCCGACAUAGACAGCCACAGAACCAACCAAGUCCUAUCCAGGGUUGGCAGCUUCUGGCAUUGUGUGUUGGUCUCUUCCUUCCGCAGCAUCCAUACAUUUGGCUCCUAAAACUUUUUCUGAAGAAGAAUGCUGAUAUCAGGACGGAGGCAGGAAAAUACGCAAUUUACUGUCAGCGUUGUGUAGAAAGGACACAACAAAAUGGAGAUCGUGAAGCCAAACCUUGUAGGAUGGAAAUUCUGUCCAUUCUGCUCCGAAACCCGUAUCACCACUCCUUACCCUUCAGUAUUCCUGUGCACUUCAUGAACGGCACUUACCAGGUGGUGGGAUUUGACGCAUCAACAACAGUUGAAGAGUUUCUUUGCACACUAAACCAAGACCUGGGAAUGAGGAAGCCCUCCCAGUCCGGGUUCACCUUGUUCUCGGAUGAUCCCUCUGGGAAGGAUUUUGAAUAUUGCUUACAAGGAAAUAUUAAGAUCUGUGACAUUAUUUCAAAGUGGGAGCAAGCUUCUAAAGAUCAGCUACCGGGAAAAUGUGAUGGGACCCGGACCGUGAGACUCACCUACAAGAACAGGCUGAGUUUCUCGGCGCAGGUGCGAGGCGAGACAGAGAGAGAAAAGCUGCUUUUAAUGUACCAGACGAACGAUAAAAUCAUUAAUGGUCUCUUUCCAGUCAAUAAGGAGCUGGCGCUGGAACUGGCUGCUCUACUCGCCCAGGUGGAAAGUGGGGAUUAUGAACGACCCUUUCAGGCCACAGCAGGUCAAGUAAAAUCAAGCCAAGUAGUAAAACAAGCACUGGAGAAGUUUUAUCCCAAGAGAUAUAGAGAGGACUGCACGGAAGAGCAGUUGAGACAACUUCAGCAGAGACUUGGGUCAAGAUGGAUGGCACUUCGCAGCCACAGUGCUUCAGACUGUGUGCGGAUAUACCUUACAGUCUCCAGAAAGUGGGCUUUCUUUGGUGCCACCCUUUUCCCAGCAAAGCCUAUAGCUCCAAACCCUUUUGAGGGUCCUUUAGUCUGGCUGGCAGUACACGAAGAUGGAAUAAGCGUGCUGGAAUAUAACACUAUGAGGUUGCUGUUGACAUACACACACAGGAGUCUAAUGACCUUCGGAGGUUAUCGUGAUGACUUUAUGCUGGUGGUUAACACGCAGACAAAGGACAAGCCAACUGAAAAACUUCUGUUUGCCAUGGCGAAAGUGAAGAUUUUGGAGAUAACUCUGCUGAUUGUCAGCUACAUCAACACGAUUCAACAGCAGAAGUUGGCCACUCACCACAUGUCUGCCCCUGCCCUUCUCUCUGCCCAAGCCGAAGAGCCAAAGACCAAACAACUGGAAAGCCACGUGCUCUUGGCAAACAGCAGACCAACUAAAGGCCCCACUUUGCUAUAGCAAUCACCUGUCAGUAUAUGGACUGAUAAAUAUCUGACAUUCCUCAAUGGACAACAAAGCAAGCUGGAUGAAUGAAUGUCUUCCUAUAGUUUUUAUAUAAAUGAGGUUUCAGGUGACAUUUGAAGCCACUUUUAUUUUCUUGAACUCUUUUGGAAUUUAUCAAUCUUUUGUCAACUAGAGAUUGGACCAAUGAGGAGCUAGUGACAGUUGAUGUGAGGUCACAUGACUCAUUCCAUUUCUUUUUUCUACAUCCUCCAACUGCCGCUUAUUGCACCUAGAUAUCAGAAGACUGCAGUCUGAUCAUUAGUAGGGUUUGUUAUAGCUUGUCAAACACAUCUAAAAUAUCUAGAAUAUUUAUGUGUACAAAAAAAAAUCUCUGUAAAAGUGGUUGUAAACCUCAGACAUGAAAUAUAAACAAAGCAUAUCCUUCU